AUUUCCAUAUCCCGAACGGAAGAUGUUCUCUGCCCCAUUUUCUCCAGCCUGCACUAACCACCAUUUUUUGGUGCUAAAUUUGAGCGGGAGAAAUAAUAAAAAGAACACAUUCUAUUGUUCCUUUAGCAGCAACAACAAUCAGUAUUCCCCAUCUCUCUCACUGUCAAUGGAUUUCUCCGGCGAAACCAAGACGCCUUCCGUUGUCAAGCUCAAGGCAAUCGAAGCAACUCCGGCCAGUUUUGAAGAAUUCGGUCAAGUGAUCGAGGCAUCCCCGGACGGUGACGAGUUUGGACCUCGUGAUGCGCAAUUAGAUCUCAGUCGAGGUAUUCCAAGGUUCUACAUCAUGCAUCUCAAUGACCGGCCUCUCAAGUUUUCUAAUAUUACUCAUCAUGCAAGUGUGACUCAGUGUCUCGGUUCUAUUGGUGGUCAUGCUUGGUUUCUUGGUGUUGCGAAGGCUUCUGUUGUAGAGUCGGGUAAUAUGAAUGAUGAUGCUGGCAAGAAAGUUGUGCAGUCGAAGUGUGGUCACUAUUAUGUCCCUCCUGCUCCAGAUGAUGUGCGAGUCUUUCGAAUUACAGGCUCUAAGUUUCUGAAGCUUAAUGUUGGGACAUGGCAUGCAGGGCCCUUGUUUAAAUCAGAGGAAAUGGAUUUCUACAAUUUAGAACUAAACAAUACCAAUGUUGUUGAUCACACAACACAUGACUUCAUAAAAGAAGAUGGAGUAGUUUUUUUGGUUGAUGACUAAUUGUAUAGUUCUCAAAUGCUCAAAUUUUUAUGGUAAAAAAUAGUUCUAAACAGGUGUUUUACCUCAUUUCUUCUUAUGAUGUGAUCAUAUAUGAAUGUGAUGACCUUCUGUAUACCAUGACAUUCUUCUUCACAUGGUCAUAUAUGAAGCAACAAAAUCAUAAAAAUCUCAUCUGGAUUCCGGAGUUCAUAGGUUGA